GGCGUUUGUGAGGGCCAAACCUUCAUGGAUCGCUUUUCCGUCUCUGUGGAGGAAAGCUGGGCAACGGCUUGCAGUACUUGCCUAGAAUUGGAAGAAAAAUUUGUGGACUAUUUUCAAAGAAGCACCGGGCGAUUCAUGUUUCCAGUGGGGAUUUUGAUGCACAGCUUACCGCCGCGGCCUGCAGGAGAGCCUUGCUUGGCCUGGCUGGACAAGCAGCCUGCUCAAUCUGUGGUGUUUGCGUCAUUUGGCAGUGAAUGCGUUCUCACUGCCCAACAGCUCGAUGCUCUGCUUUUGGGCUUGGAAGAAAGCAAAAUCCCAUUUCUCUGUGUUCUUCUUGGCCCCGCGGCGGCUGAGUUGCAGCAAGGCUUUAAGGAUCGCACCCAUGGCAGAGGACUUGUGGUUACAGAGUGGGUGCCUCAAUUGCAUAUCUUGAACCAUCCUUCAACUGGAGCUUUUCUUUCACAUUGUGGGUGGAAUUCUGUGACAGAAGGCCUGAGGUUUGGAGUGCCUUUUGUUGCUCUUCCAAUCCAGUACGAUCAGGGCUUCAAUGCUAGGCUAAUUGUUGAGGAAUUGAAGAUGGGUGUGGAGGUGAGAAGAAAUGAGGAGGAUGGUUGUUUCACUAAGGAGGACAUUGCUAGAGCUGUCCAAGCUGUGAUGGUGGAUGAAGAAUGCAGUAGGAUCAAAUCCAAUGUUGAGGAAAUCAGUAGGGUGCUAACCCAUAAUGAUUGCCAAGUCUAUCGAACAAACAUCCACAACUUUGUCUCUGCACUCAAGGAGAAAGCCUCCAGCAAACAAACUGUUUAAUAUAUAUUGGCUUAUGUCAUACUCUUUCAGGACCACAACCCUUCCUAAAGUAAGGUUUAAUUAGUCCAUCCCUUCGACAGAGAUAUUUAUGUUUUUGGCCUGAAAUAUUUGCUUGCCUCGUUUGUAAUGUAUACGUAAUUGCUGAUAUGGUAAGGUUUUAAUUUUUAACAAAUUGUUUUGACAGAGAAAAUUGGUAAAACCUAAAUUUUUGAACAAAUUUAUAAUCUGUUUAAAA